UGCAAAACAUUCAGCAUUACAACGCUACAUUUUCUCUUGGAAUUUUGUCCAAAAUUUCACGUCAGGAAAAAGGAAAUUCUCUAAUCAUUCUCAAAUCAAUGGAUGCUCUAUGGAAAUUAGAAGAUAAGUGGAAGCUAUCAACCCAAGAAGCUGUAGCAUUUUUUGCAUGCACUGCUUUUCUGGUCAUUGGAGCUUGCUUUGCCACAUUCCUAAAGAGGAGGGCUAAAAGAAGUGGACUAGUUCAUCAAGAACCAUGCAUGAAUACUGAAGCAACAGAUGAAGCAAAGCGGUCUGAUCAGAAACAGAUGAAAAAAUGGGGAGCUGUGAAGGAGUUGCUGAUGGGUUCGGUGAGGUGGAGUGGUGUGAGCAAAUUGGAAGAAAGAAGAUUAAGUGGAAGUCAGAGGGAGAGAGCUGCACCAUUGCUGGUGGUAGGAGGGGAAAAGUGUGAAGAAAAUUUGGGAAGGUUGAGUCAUAAUUCGAGUUCUGCGGUGUGGCAAAGGCCUAUAUUGAUGGGGGAGAAGUGUGAGUUGCCCAGGUUUAGUGGGCUUAUUCUCUAUGAUGAAAGAGGAAGGCCACUUGAUCAGCACGGUGACAUUCAAAGUAUUGAUGAUUUUCAGGGUGAUCAGGAAAGACCAUCUACUUCUGUUAGAACUACUCUGAGGGACUUCCUGUAACAGAUAUCAGUCAAUACUCAACACUUGACUCUGGGAUUGUACUUCCCAGUUGAACUUUUGUUUAUAAUGUUUUUGUGUGAACUAUGAUAUGAUGAAUUGCUCUUAUAUCUUAGAUUAUAAGUUUGCAAUUUGUUUGCUACAGGUCUAAAGAGAGGUCUGUGUGUUUGGGUGCUAAAAAUGUUGAAACCGUAAGAGACAAAUGUGAAAGAAGACUUCGCAUAAAAGUUGGUUAACCUAGCUAGCGCUGGACGUUCUUCCCUUCAAUUCUUUCCCUGGUUGGCUUUACUUAAUUUUUAUUUGCUAGCAUCUAUAUCAUCAGAGUAGCCAAAUGAUCCACCAUCUUCAUCUUCAUUAAUUGUGUAGAACAACAGGGCACUAUGCAUUUGCAAUCCUAUGUCACACCUGAUUCUACACUGGUGUCUCAUUUGCAUUUGCAUUUUCCGGAUAAGGAUCAUAUAUCAGCCCCGUGUAUUUUUUAAAACUGUGCAGAAACUGAGGAGGAGUAAUUCCUACAACUGAAUUCUCGCGAUUGUUGCAGUUCACUUUCUUUCAUGUUUUCCCCCGCUGAGUUGAGUUGCACCAUUAAUAUAUGCCAGAUCCAUUGAGAAACUGACCGUCGUCACGUGUAUGGAAUUAGAAAUGUCACGGCUAAUACUGAGACUCUUUUUACUUCUUCUCUGCUGGAAAACUGCAAAUUUGGUGCCAAUUGUGAUAAAGACUGAAUAGCUUGAGAAAGAGUGUUUUUCCGUA